AUUUAGCCACUGCAUCAUUGACAGGACAGGCUAGUAGUGGCGCCUCGCAAGACAAUGACACUACCUCAUCCAACGCUUCCGGUACUCAUUUUUUUCACCCCACCUGCCAGUGCACAUUCUUUUAAUCCAUAUUAUCCUCCACACUUUACUAACCAGCCAUAUUUUUAUCAAUUCUAUGCUAAUCCAGCUCUCCGCACACCAUCUUACUCUACAACACAACAUAAUAAUUCAUCCGGCGGUCCCAUUGUGUCAUCAUCAAACUUAGACAGACAACCUCAGCAUCCUUACAACACACACAGUCUCCCUACACAUCCCCCUCAAUUCUACAACUACGGCACUAAUCAUGGUCACCCUCGUACUUAGAUUCUACUAGUAUAUACUGUACUUGCUUGCUCACGCCGAAUACUAACUCACUUCCUUGCG